AUGUAAGACGAUCGAGUUAGAUACAUGUAUGAUUUUUGUUUGAUAAAAGGAAUUCUGUAUAUUCAGAACAUAGAAAGGAUCUUUCUAAAAACAUGGAUGUUGUAUGUUUUGCAAUGGCAGUUGAAUUAGAUAGAUUGGUGCAAGAAAACAAUUUACUAAAAGAAGAAGUGAAGGAAAUCUCUAAUCUCAGAGUGGAUCGAUUAAAUUAUGAAAAACAAAUAGGAGAUCUGAUGAAUAGACUAUAAUAACUUAUAAGUGAAAAUGACAUGUUAAAACGGGAUAAUGAUAAAUUUAGAGCUCAACUCAAUUAGGCUAAUUUAAGAGCCUAAUAACUUGAGGGACAAGUAUAGGACUAUUAAUAAGAAAUACAAAUAGUCUCUAGUAGAUUAGAAGACAUUACUGGAGGAGAUGGUGGUAUAUAAGAUAGUAUUAAUAAUAAUUUUAGAUUUUGACAUUGAAGCAUUAAAAUAGAAAGCAGAACUAUUAGAUAAUUUAGCUAAAGAUGGAUAAUCAAUGGAAGAUCUAUCUGAUUUAUUAGAUUCUCUUAGAGAGAAAGCUGAUAAAUAUGAUCACCAUUUAGAGUUAUUAAAUGGAAGAGAAUUAGAAGAUGUUUUAAAUGAUCUUGAUGAAUUGGAGAAACUUAGAAAAUUAGUUAAAGAACUUUAAGCAAAAUUAGGUGAAUUAUAAAAAGAAUCAGAUUUAUUAAGAAAAAAAUCUAAAGAAUUAGAUGAUAUGAAAAAGAAAUUGGGAGAUGAUCCUACGAAAGAAGUGGAUAAAUUAAAAAAAUAAUAAAAAGAAUAAGAUGAUUUAAAAAAGAAACUUGCUGAUGCUUUAAAAGAGAUUGAAUAAUUAAAAAAAUUAUUAAAUGAUAAAAGUGCAGAAUGCAAUAGAUUAACAUAAUAGGUUGCUUAACUUACAUAAGAUAAUUAAAUUAAAGAUUAAAGAAUAUAGGAAUUAGAAAGAUAUGCUUAAUAAUAUUAGGAAUUACAAAUAAAAGUAAAUAAAUUAGAAUAGGAAUUUGAUAAUAUAUAAAGAUAGUUAAAAGAUAAAACAUAAUAAUUAGAUGAUAAAACAAAAUUAAUAGAUAACUUAAAUAGAGAGAUAUAAUAAUUAAAAGCUGAAAUAUAAAGAUUAAAAGAUUUAAUUGCUAAUUUAGAGAGAGAGAAGUAACAAUUAUUAUAAUAAUUAUAACAAAUAUAAAAUUAACUUACUUAAUUGUAAGAUUAAUUAAGAAAUUCUUAAUCACAAUUAUAAUAAUUGAAUUCAAUGGCUAAUUAAAAUAAUGAUGAAAAGGAGUAGUAUUAAUAAGAAAUAGAUGAAUUAAAAAAUGAAAUUGAUUCAUUAAGAGAAUAAAUAGAAGAAUUAAAUGAUGAGAUAGCAAGAUUGAAAAGAAAAAUAUCAGAACAGGAUGAUUAGAUAGAUUCCUAAACUAAAACUAUAUCUAAUAAAAUAUCAAGAAUUAAGGAAUUAGAAGAUUUAUUGAAUUAAAAAGAAAAAGCAUUUAAAGAAUAAGAAUAAAAAAUUAAAAAAUUACCUGGUUAAAGUGUUAUAGUAGGUGGUGGAAAAGGAGGAUAAGGAGGAUAAGCAGGAUUAGGUGGAUAAGGUGGUUCUGAUGUUAUUAAUAAAACUUUAUAUAAUUAAUAAUAAGGAGGAACAGGAUAAGCUGGUAGUAAUUUAGGAUUAAAAAAUGGAUUAGGAGGUUUCGGAGAUAAUUCAUAAAGCACAGUUAUGUUAAGUUAAUAUUAAGAUGUUUUAUUGGCUUAUUUAUUAAUUGCAGCUGAGAAUGAAAGAAUUAGUGAAGCUUUAAAACAUACAGUUCAUGAUUAUGAAUAAGUUUUAGUAGAUUUGAGAAAUGCUGAAGGAGAGAUAUCAUAUUUAAAGAAAUCUAUUUCAGAUUUAUAGACAUAAAUUAAUGAUGUAUAUUAUUAAUUUUAAUUAAGCUACGUUUCUAAUUAGAUGAAGCUAGAAGAAAGGCCAUGAAUAAUGAAGAAUUAGAGAGAUUAAAAAGAUAAUUAACAGAAUAUGAAAAUAAAUUAGCAUUAUUAUCAAUGGAAUUAUAGAGAUAGAGAACAGUUUCAGGUUCAGGUAUUUAAAUGGGUUCAUAAUAAAUGAUUUCCUAAUCAUAAUAGAAUACUUAUUAAUAAUAGAAUAAUACUUUUGGAUAUGAAGAUAAAUAGAUCAAUUUUGAUUAAUAAUAUAGAUCACCUAAAGGAUCAUAAAGAAAUUUGAAUAUCAAUAAUAAUGAAGAUGAAUCUUGGAGAUUAAAGAAAAUAAUUGAAGAUUAAUUAUGUUUAAUUGUUCUUAUGUCAGCUGAACUUGAAACCUUAAGAUCUUAUUCAGAUUCAUUAAGAUUGAGUUCAUCAGGUAUUCAAAAUUAAAGAUCAACAAUCUAAACUAGUUAAGUUUAGGUAGGAUAUGGUAAAAGUACAAUAUAUUGAAUAAUCAGAUAUUAAAAC